GAGAAGGAAAACAUUUGACUUUUUCCGAGGAACCGGCAUCCCGGGUCCACCAACGCCGAGUUUAAUCUCGGGUCAUUUCUACCAAUUCUGGCAGGAGAACACCAUAGAACUAAUGGACGAAUGGUUCAAGAAGUAUGGAGACAUCUACGGGAUUUUCAACGGUGAUACUCCGUUCAUCUUGGCGAAGGACCUGGAACUCUUGAGGCGCGUGUUCGUCAGUGACUUCGGGCAGUUUGUGGAGAGAGGGGUAAUUACGAGAUUCGUGGAUGACAACCCGGCGUAUCGCAGUGCGAUAAGUGUCGCACGUACAGACAGGUGGAAGCCCAUUCGACGAUGCAUCUCACAGGCAUUCUCUGCAAACAAGCUGCGAGUGUUUGUUCCAGGAAUGGUCGAAGCUGUGGACGAGUUCCUGGAGAUCCUCGAGGACCGAAGCCGCUUUAGCCGAGGCUCAUCCAUCGGUGAGCAGAUUGAUGUGGAGCCACACUUGAGUGCCCUGGCGUUCGACCUCGUUGCCAGGACAACGUUCGGCAUGCGUGUAGACGUCCAGAGAAAUCCAAGAAACCAGCUUUUUGUAAACGCCACGUCGGUAGUUCCGGGCUAUAUAGCCUCUCUCUUCCAAACGGCGACACAGUUUUUCUCGGGCAUCAAAGGCUUCGUGCUCCUCAUGAUCGCCCUGGAUCGAUGGCUCGGAGCUGAUGCAUUCCAAGCACUGGCCGUAUGCUCCUUACCGGCCAUCGAAAUGCGAAGAAAGGAUCCCAAGCUAAUGCGACCAGACCUUCUCCAGUGCCUGCUGGAAAUGAAAUUCGAAAAAACCCAGGUUGAUGUGCGGAGUUUCUCUUGGACCAAGGAAGAGUGGCAACACUGCAAAGGCAAAGACAAGGUUUCAAUGCCCAUCAGGGAUGUCGCUACGAAUGCUGCCAACAUGCUUCAAGCCGGGUUCGAAACUGUCGGCGUCACGCUGUCCCACUGCCUGUACUGUGUGGCCAAGUUUCAAGCCGUGCAGGAGAAAAUCAGGGCUGAGACUGAAACCGUCCUGGCGGUGCACGGCGAGUUCACCUACGACGCCAUUUCUGAGCUGCAGUACACUGCGCAGACGAUAAUGGAGACGCUACGAAUGUAUACUCCCGUGAUCGCGUUUACGACAAGACUCGCGUCCUCUGACUACCGCUACGAGGGUGUGCUACUGAAGAAAGGUGUGAGCGUCAUGGCCUGCAGUCAUCAGGUUCACCAUGACCCUAACGUAUGGGAGAGGCCGGAUCAAUUUGAUCCAGACAGGUUCUCACCCGAACAGAGGGCUUCCAGAGACCCACUUGCCUUCCAGGCAUAUGGCAUUGGACCUCGAAACUGCGUUGGCAUGAAGCUGGCGCAGCUUGAAAUGACACUCGUCGUUGCCAAGCUGGUGCACCGAUUCCGGCUACACCUAAGCUCAAAACACGGAAAGGGUGAACUGAAAAGGCACACAUGCUUCUUCAUCACUCGUCCUGUGAAUGGAGUCUGGAUUCGUCUAGAAAAGCUGAAGGAUGGAUCGUGACAUCGCAGUUCGACUUCGCAACGAAAGUCAAAGAAGUUCAGCCAAAUAAAGCAUUGUUUCGCACCGAGAGAAGCUGAAAAA